AUGCUUCAUUUAAAAAGUUCUUUAAAAUAUAAAGUAGGGACUGCUACAGUGAUACUAGUAAUAUAUUUGGUAUUUCAAGUGGAAAGUAGAGAGUUCUCGCUGAAAAAAAGGGUCAGAAGAACAGUGUUGUUCACUAAAAGUAGCAAGUUUUUUUUUCGUAUUAACGGUAAAGACAAUGUUUUGAACUAUACAACCUUAUUGGCACACGGUUGGGGGUUCCGUAUAAAUUUCGAUUUACCAUCCACUUUGGCUCAGAGGCAUCGUUUCUUUAAAAGGGACGUGCAUCAGGAUGUGGAAAAUAUAAAAGAUCCAAAAUAUUUGAAAUACAAAGUUGGUAUUGCCAUAGUUUUGUUAGUGGUGGAUUUUCUUAGUUUCGUAGAAAGUACAGAGUUUUCUUUGAAGAAACGUGUCAAAAGAAAAGUGUUAUUUACUAAAAGUAGCAAAUUUUUUUUUCGAAUUAAUGGCAAGGACAAUAUGUUAAACCAUACAACUUUUUUCUCCCACGGUUGGGGUUUCCGUAUAAACUACGAAUUACCAUCUACUGUAAGUCAGAGGCGUCGAUUUUUUAAAAGGGACUUGCAUAAAGAUGUGGAAGAUAUAAAAGAUCCGAUAUUGCAAAAUCUUUAUGGGCAAAAAAGCAGAUUUAUGGCCAAUAGCGUCGACAAAGAGGAGAAUCUGUUCGGUGCACGAAUGCAUAAAAUUCACCUAAAUAUUCAUUUAAGCGUCAAAAUUUUUAGAUAUGAACCAUGGACGGUUUGGGAAUCAAAAUAA